AAUUGCACUUUAUACUAAUACUAAUACUAAUUUCACUAACGACAUUAUUGAACAGAAUUACACCGCAGACAAUAAAACCCAGGGCAUAAUGGAGAAGAGCCAAUGGGACCUAAAAAAGAUUAGGUUUCAACAGAAGAGGAUGACCAGACUGGAUGACUUUGUACAGACAUACAAGGUCAUGCAUAGUGCACUACUCAGAGAUUACCAAGACUCUCAGAAAAUAAAGAGCAAGACUCAUAGGGUAGAUGUGGAACGGUGGAAACAGAAGAAGCAGAGAAGGAGAGGUGUAUAUGUUUCACCUAUCUCCAAGCCCUUCCAUUUCCAAAAAAAAGAUAUGAAGCAGUCAACCAUUCCUGAUGUGCAUGAACAGCAACCCUCCCCUCAACACGUGCCUUCACAGUUUGAUAAAGAAGGACCUGGCUUUGCAACAAUGCCCAGUGACCAGAAGAAACUUCCAAUUGAUCAAGAAGAGGAGCUUACAUCACUGUGGAAACGGAAGAACACAGAAGUGGUGGUCGCUGUGCUCCCCAGCCAUAUAAGGGGGAACAACCUGGUGAUCCACCACACUGACCUACGAACACUGAGACCUCACCAGUGGCUGACAGGCGAGGUUAUUGAGGGCAUCUUACACCUCUCUGCUCACCAGUACAAAACUGGAGACUCCAUAUACAUUCUUAACCAUUACACAGCAGGUGUGAUACUCUUUGGAAAAAGAGAUCAGCUCAGACGACAUGCCAUGCCAAAGACAAAAUUUGAUGAUUAUCAAGCUAUACUCUCCUUUGUCAACACUGAGGGAGUCCAUUGGAAGUUGCUGGUUAGUGAUUGUUGGGAAACUUGUAUUAAGAUCCUUUAUUUUUUUUAUUCUUUCUUUGUUUGAAAUUGCUCUGAAAUAACAUCACAUUUGUUGCAGUACAUACUGCCAGCCAC